AGAGAGAAACUAAACCAAAUCAAACAAUCCCAUCCCAUGGGGACCUGCAUGUCCGUGCAAGGAAAUGCAAGCUUUCUGAAACGAACCAAACUCAAUCUCAAACCCAUCUCACAAGAAAGCACCAAUGUCCCCCACACACCCACCACCCUCCCCCCACGAUUCUCCCGCCCGAUCACCGUCCUAACAGACCCCUCAGGGGACGACAUUUUCCGGCGUUAUCAAUUCGGAAAAGAGCUCGGUAGGGGAGAGUUCGGGAUCACGUACCAAUGUCUGGACCAAGAAACCGGCGAGUCUGUGGCUUGCAAAAAGAUAUCGAAGAGCAAGCUGAGGACGGAGAUUGACAUAGAGGAUGUGAGAAGAGAGGUUGAGAUCAUGAGGCAUUUGCCGAUGCACCCAAAUAUUGUGAGGUACAAGGCUGUUUAUGAGGAUAAAGAAGCUGUUUAUCUUGUAAUGGAACUUUGUGAGGGUGGUGAAUUGUUCGAUAGGAUUGUGGCCACUGGUCAUUAUACGGAGAGAGCUGCUGCUCUUGUCACCAAAACCAUUGUCGAGGUUGUCAAGGUAUUUUCCUAG